GAGUUUUAUUGUGAAGAUUGAAGAAAGGCUGUGAAGAAACUAGAAAGACUAUUAUAUCGAUGUUAAAGAUGUCCCUUACUCCGUUACUGUCCUUAUUUUUUGUCUACUUCAGUCUUCUCUUUUAUUCAGUGGAUUCUUGUUCAACAGUAUCUAGAUCAGGUGUAUCACUAACUGGAGUAUGUCCUAAUGAUACUUUUACUGUACCCAUUGGAACAACACUAACUUAUGAGUGCUCUUACAGCUUUACUUCAGGAUAUUAUCCGUUUUGGAAUGUUAGUGGAACCGAACUGGCUGGUGGUAGUUUCAUACCACCUGGAAUAAGUGAGUAUGUGUUCGAUAGCAAUAUUGGAAAAGCUACUAUAACUAUUUUAACUAAUGGAAAUGUCACAAUGUACAUACAAUGUGGAUUAAGAGGAGUAGGACCAAAUAUUAAUAUGGAUCUAACCUCUCGAGUGAGGUUUAUUGAGACAGAAGUAGUUACCUUUGGUCCUCCUUCUUCAUUAUCCCACGAGUUAAGAGAGAAUGAUACUGUCAAGUUGUCAUGGUUACCUCCUCUAGUAGAAGCCGUAUUCACAUAUAAUAUAAUAAUAAUGGAGUCAACUAAUAAUUCACUGACAGUAACUAAUAUAAACAUUACCAACAAUACAUAUGUAAUAAUAUCACCAAGGGACAUAGUGCAGUAUACUCAAUGUAAGGAGUAUCAGUGGGGGGUGAGAGCAGCUGGUAGUAAUGUCAGUCUAUAUGGAUUUACUAAUAUAACAAUGGCAGAUACCAACUUUACCAUUAUAUCAGCUCCCUUUGUUCCUGAUGAAUUGAUCAUUUUUGUAAAUGACAGUACUUCUUACAGUCUUCAUUUUAACGUAUCUUUACCGUGUGACUAUAACGACUUGUUUAAUAACUAUACUUACACGCUGUUGCAAAGAGAUUACUGCAAACGAGAGAUUAAUUCGUCAUUGAUUGAGAUCACAUCCGAACAAAUUGAUGAUAAUGAUGGAUCGACUGUAUCAAUCAGUGUUAACAUUGAAUCAUUGAUACAUAACUCAACAUGGUCUGUGGCUGUUAGUGUAUCAAACAGGUUUGGUUCUGAUACUACAGAUUAUACUAAUAUCACAAGUAAUUCAGAUGAUGGUCCAGUUAUUAAUUGCCAGUCUGAUCUUUUGAUGUCUUCUACCAUACUAUCAUCAGAGACGACAUCAGCAAUGUCUUCUACUACUGUAUUCUCUAUGUUCCCAACAUCACCUUUACCUUCUCUACCUUCUCUUACUUCUCAAGCUGUUGCCACUGAAACUCCCACACUUGGAACUAGUGAUCCAAAUGAAUCCAAUUCUUCACAGAUAGUUGGUCCAGUAGUUGGUAUACUAGUAGCAAUAUUGCUAUUAGUAGUAGCAGUGAUAGUGAUAGUGAUAGUAGCAGUUAUCCUGUACAAAAGAAAAAGGAAUGAUGAUGGAGGUAGUAAAACUGUAAAAGGCAAACCUGAAACCAAUGGCGCUCAGGGGAGGAAUGGUAAUGGAGACUCUAACAAUAUGGGGGCUCAUUCUUCUACUAAUGAUACUAAUGGUGAAUCAAUGGUUAAUGAUGGCUACCAGAGUCGACAAUACCCGUCCCCUGGUAAUCCAGGUCCCCAGUCUCCUACUGAUCCUCACUCCAAUAAGAAUAAUAACAAUAUAUAUGACAAGCUUGGUGCUCUAGAGUCUAGCAAUACUUAUGAGCAGCCUGAUGCUGUUGAACUUCAUUUAGGUUCUAUUGCAUCUCCUGACCCAAUGUAUCAGGAACCAGGGACUCUAAUGCCUCCUUCUACUCCUGGCGGUCGCUCAAGAUCAAAAUCACCAUCUCAUCUGAAUUCAUUGUACUCAGAACCACUUGACUCAGCUCAGGCAACCCCCAUAAGGUCUCGCUGCUCUAUUACUCCUCAGAGGUUUGACUCUCAGCCAGCAAUGGACUCUGGUCUGGUUGAUAUGCCUGGAUACACUGAAAUACCAGCUAACAAUAGAAAGAGUACUAUUAGUAAAAGAAAAUCGGAAAUUCGUAGCCCAAGCGUUCCAUUACCUCCUACUCCUGUUGAAGAAGAGGCACAGCAUCAGUAUGCUGAUAUGGGAGAAAUAAGAAAAAAUAAAGUUAUAGCUCCACCCAUUGUAAUUAAUGAUGAUGUCAUAUAUGCUGACGUGACUAGUGUAUCAUGAGCUUGAGAGACUUGACUGUCAUCUUUUCCUUCAUUCUUCUCUUUUAUCUUACAAUAACAUACUGUAUAUAGCUUUGUGUUUAAAUUAUUGUGUUUAAUAUUAUGUGUCUCUUUCUCUCUGACUAUGGUCAGUGUCGUGUCUGUUAGUGUAUCAUUGUAUUUAUCCAAGUCCAUUGUAGCUCCUUUGGAAGUACUGUCUUCAAACUCUUCAUUAAUUGCUCUUUUACUCAUUCUGCAAAUGCACUUUUAUUCUG